GUAGCAGCCUGCAGCAUCAGGGAGUAUCAGAGUUCUUCUGCUCGCGGUCUGAGGUGGAGAUGCUUCGCUCGCAGGUCCUUCUCGUGGCUUUGUUGUCCUCUGUGCUGCUGGGGCAGGUCAGCGGCGCUCCACGCAGAGACAUGCUGACCCUGAGAGCAGACCUCUCCAGCGACAAGGAUCUCGCCAACCUGCUCCUGCUGAAGUUUGUGUCUGAGCUGGUGGCAGCGAGAGGAGAUGAGAUGCCGCCCGGGCUGGGGGAAGAGGAGGAGGAGGAGGUGGGAGUCAGGGAGGAGGUGAUGCGGCGGCAUCUCCCCCUCUCCCAAAGAGAGCGCAAGGCAGGCUGCCGCAACUUCUUCUGGAAGACGUUCACCUCGUGUUAA